GAAAAGUUAUUUUUAAUUGAUCGAACGUAACAAUCAAUUGAAGUUACUUCUUACCAUGAUAAUAUAAUAUAAAUUAUAUCAUCAGAGCCUCGUUACAAUGUACAAAUAUGGGAGCACACAAAGCGCUAGUGUACUGCGGAAACAUGUCGCACGUAAACAUUGGUUGGAAGCGGCAGCUGCAUCAUCAGCAAGGUAUUUGCACAACACGGAUGGAAAUCAGGCAGAAUCGAAACCAGUAGUCUUUCGAAAGCGAAAGUUCAUACCACAAGAACCCUCAAAAGUGUCAGAUGGCUGCCUUCCCCCACAAGUUGGGGUUAUCAUAUGCGGUGGUGGCAUUAUGGGGGCUUCGGUGGCAUAUCACUUGGCCUUGCUGGGAUGGGGAAAAAAUACAUUGCUUAUAGAACAGGAAAGUAUAGCAGCUAAGAAGCCUUGGAGUGGCAGCGGUUUGGUGGGACGUUUUGAAUCUGGCUACACCGAGUUGAAAUUAUCCGAAUAUACAACGCAGCUAAUCAAAGAGUUUACGAAAAAAGGCCUACGCACCGGAUGGCGACAAGUUGGCAGCCUUAAUUUGGCUCGCACUUAUGAUAGGAUGAUUUCAUUUAAGCGUAUGAAGACACAAGGCGUUGCAUGGAAUAUACCAUGGGAAAUGUUGAGUCCGGAAGAAUGUAAAGAGAAAUGUCCUCUCAUAAAAGUGGACGACAUAUUGGGUGGCUUAUGGAUUCCCGAUGAUGGCGUUUGCGAACCCCACCUGGUAUGUGACUCAUUCCUUGAGGAAGCCAAACGCAUGGGCGUACAAGUUGUGGAACAUUGUGCAGUGAAAAAGAUACGCGCUACAGACGGCAAAGUGUCACAGGUGGACACUACAUCAGGCGAUGUGAAAUGUGAUUUCUUUGUCAAUUGUACCGGAUUUUGGGCUCGAGAAGUGGGCACACUUUCAAAACCAAAAAUUAAAAUACCACUGAGAGCGGUAGAACAUCAUUAUUUGCGUACAAAACCAUUCGAAGGUAUAAGUCCCAUGAAUCCGUUUGUAAGGGAUUUUGAUGGGCGAGUUUAUUUCCGAGAAAAGGAAGGUGGCGUAUUGGCAGGAGGUUUUGAACGUGAAGCCAAAGUUUCUCUGGAAGAUGGUGUUAUACCUCUGUCACAAAAAGAACGUGUCUUCCCGCCCGACUGGGAUCAUUUUCACGAUAUACUCGAUGAACUCCUAAAGAGAGUGCCUAUAUUGAAGACAGUUAAUUUAGAUAAAUUGACAAAUGUAUUGCAAGCUGUUUCGCCCGACUGCAAGUGGAUUAUGGGGGAAUCGCCAGAAAUAGAAAAUUAUUACGUCUCAGCCGGCAUGAAGACUAUUGGCGUUUCCUCAGCUGGCGGUAUUGGACGAGCUUUGGCUGAUCUUAUAGUAAAUGGCUCUACCUCGCUGGACAUACAUAUACUGGAUGUUAGCCGCUUUCUGGGUUUGCACAAUAAUCGUAAAUUUUUGACUGAUCGUUGCAAAGAAGUGCCCGGAAAACAUUACCAAAUUGCCUAUCCCUUUGAUGAAUUUAAAACGGGUCGCAAUUUGCGAAUGUCUCCCAUAUACCCAGCGCUGAAAGAAGCGGGAGCUGUAUUCGGCCAAACCAUGGGCUAUGAGAGGCCAAGUUAUUUUGAUCAAAAAGAUAAAAGAGACGAAUUCGGUAUGCCCAGCUUCCGCAUUGCGGAGACUAAUACCUUUGGAAAACCCCCUUGGUUUGAUAUCGUUGCUUCCGAGUACAAUGCCUGCCGCGAACGUGUCGGAUUGGCUGACUAUAGUUCCUUUACCAAAUACGAUUUAUGGUCCAAAGACAAUGAAGUUGUGGAUUUAUUGCAGUAUCUCUGCUCAAACGAUGUUGAUGUGCCAGUGGGUUCGAUCAUUCAUACGGGAAUGCAAAACGAAUAUGGUGGCUACGAAAAUGAUUGCUCAUUGGCUCGCUUAACAGACACACACUAUAUGAUGAUUGCUCCAACUAUUCAACAAACCCGCUCCAUGAGCUGGAUACGCAAGAAAAUGCCAAGCCAUUUACGAUCUGGAGUUAGUAUUUCCGAUGUGACUUCCAUGUACACUGCUAUAUGCAUUAUGGGGCCCUAUAGUCGUGUUUUACUCUCGGAGCUUACAGACACUGACCUCUCACCCAAUAACUUUCCCUUUUUCACCUACACGGAGCUGGAUGUGGGCUUGGCAAAUGGAAUACGUGCCCUUAAUAUUACCCAUACGGGAGAAUUGGGCUACGUACUCUAUAUACCCAAUGAGUAUGCCCUGCACGUUUACGAGCGUCUCUAUCAGUCUGGCCAUAAGUAUGGCAUACAACAUGCCGGCUACUAUGCAACCAGAAGUCUGCGCAUAGAGAAAUUCUAUGCCUUCUGGGGACAAGAUUUGGAUACCAAUACCACACCCUUGGAAUGUGGACGCAGUUGGCGAGUCAAGUUCAAUAAACCCAUUGAUUUCAUAGGACGCGCAGCUUUGCAAAAGCAACGUGAAGAGGGUGUAAAACGCAUGUACGUACAAUUACUGCUCAACGAUCAUGAUCACGAAGUCGAUGUCUGGUGCUGGGGAAAUGAACCAAUAUAUCGUGAUGGCAAAUACUGUGGCAUGACCACCACCACAGGAUAUGGAUUCACGCUUGAAAAACAAGUUUGCUUAGGAUUUGUACGCAAUGUGGACGCAGAAGGCAACGAAUUGCCAGUGACAAACGAAUUUGUUCUUUCUGGCCACUAUGAAGUGGAGGUAGCCGGUAUGCGUUUCGAGGCCAAAGUGAAUCUGCAUUCACCCAAUUUACCCACCAAAUUCCCUGACAAGGAGCGCGAAGCGUAUCAUGCUACCCGUGAUAAACCUGUACAGGCUGAUCUGCUGUCAUAUACAAAACCUGUGGGCAGACACACGAAUCAAUGAUCAUAUAUUUAAGUUAUUUAUUUUUAGUUUUUGUUUGUUGUAGUAUUAGUUUGUAGAAUUUUUUGUUUGUUAUUUUUCUCAUUGGCUCAUUGGAAAGAACGAAUUGGUCUCACAAUUGGCAUUUAAAUUCAAAAAAAAUCUCAUGUCCUCCAUAUAGCUGCUUGUGUUGCGUCAGCCAGCAUAAGCGUCGCUCAAAUUACCAUCCAUUUUAAAUUGAAUAACUUCUUAAGUUUGAGCAUAGAAUUGUUAAUUUGAAGUGUCCUUGGAUUAUAUAUAGGUGAUUUAUUUAAAGUGUAUGCAUGUAGGGAACAUUCAUCAUACUAUGUAAAUAUAUGAACCAUCAAUGUGAUUCAUAUGCUCUUUCUUACUCAAUUAAACAACAAAUGACUGGUUUAUACAAAAGUUGAUAUAAAUAAAAAAAAAACAAAACAUUUUACAGUUUACUAAAGUUGAACGAA